GUCUCUCUCUCUCUCUCCGCCUUGGCGGCCUUCGCUUCCCCUCCUCGCCUCCUCCGCAGUUCCGCCCAAUUCGCGCGCCUCCGGGCUCCCUCCGCCGCUCCUCACCCGCCAUCGCUCGAGGCGGCGGGGGGCGGGCGGACGGCCCAGGCGGGACCGCAAUGGAGGCCGCGGAGAGAGGCGGAGGCGGCGGGGCGCUGCCGCUCGCCGUGCGGGAGCUCAUCGCCGGCGGGGUCGCGGGGGGCGUCGCCAAGUCCGCCGUCGCGCCGCUCGAGCGCGUCAAGAUCCUCCUCCAGACUAGAAGAGCGGAGUUCCGUGGUUCUGGAUUGGUUGGAUCCUUUCGGACAAUCUAUCGGACAGAAGGUCCUUUAGGGUUUUACAGGGGAAAUGGUGCCAGCGUUGCUAGGAUCGUUCCUUAUGCAGCUUUGCAUUACAUGGCCUAUGAAGAGUAUCGACGAUGGAUCAUUCUUGGUUUUCCUAAUGUUGAACAAGGACCUAUUCUUGAUCUAGUGGCUGGAUCAAUUGCUGGAGGAACAGCAGUUAUAUGCACAUAUCCUCUUGAUCUUGUUCGCACAAAGUUGGCUUAUCAGAUCAAAGGUGCAGUGAACCUCGGUUUAAGAGAAUCUAAGCCCUCUGAACAGGUUUAUAAAGGGAUCCGUGAUUGUGUGAAAACAAUAUAUAAGCAAAAUGGCUUGAAAGGCCUAUACCGUGGCAUGGCUCCAUCAUUAUAUGGAAUCUUUCCUUAUUCCGGUCUUAAGUUCUAUUUCUAUGAAAAGAUGAAGACUCAUGUUCCUGAAGAGCACAGAAAAGAUAUAACACCAAAACUUGCUUGUGGAUCAGUUGCUGGUUUGUUAGGACAGACAAUAACAUAUCCCCUUGAUGUUGUUAGACGGCAAAUGCAGGUGCAGGCGUUUUCAUCAUCCAACCUUGUGAAUGGAAAAGGAACAUUUGGAAGUCUUGUUAUGAUAGCGAAACAUCAAGGUUGGAAGCAACUGUUUUCAGGACUUUCUAUCAACUAUUUGAAGGUUGUCCCAUCGGUAGCCAUAGGAUUUACUGUUUACGACUCAAUGAAGGAUUGGCUCAGUGUUCCAUCUAGAGAGAAAGCAGCUGUGGUUGUCCCCGUGCUGACAGAAGACGGAAGUAAUGCUACCCCUGUUCACUCCAGUUAGAGCGAAUUACAUAUUCUGGUGGUGCAAGUGCAACGCCCGCCACUGCCCUAGUAUUAUUAGGCAUGUAGUAUAGUAUUCUUUCUUGCAGCUGCACCCCCACAAUUCUUAGGCUUCUCUAGAAUAAAUAAAAAUAAAGUCGACUCUUCAAUAAAUCCAUAAGCGGUUCUUCCCACUGAUGCAGAGAAGUAGAAGUAGAAUUCCUUCCUGUCAACAAAAAGAAGUAGAAUUCCUUGCAAAUUACUGAUUCUUGUGGAAUUUCACCUUGUAUAGAUUCUGUAUAUAGAAUCGAAUAGCUUGUGUCAAAUUUAUGAAGUGCUUGGUGAAGUCAAAAUUCA